AAUCCGAUCUUGCACAAAAGAGAAAUUCGAUAAUGCAGUUGAUGGUAGCCUGCAAAUUCCUCCUGCUUUUUUGCAUGGCGUCAAAGAGAUGGAAUAUCAACGUGAAAAAAGCCCUCGCGGUGGAACACUACGGCUUCGACGCCCUGCCACACCGGAGAGAAUUGAUAUGGACAGACGUCGUGAAGAACGAUCUCGUGGCUCACGUGAUCGCGAAGAACGUCAUCGCAACUCACGGCAUGCACGAUCACGCUCUCCACGUGACCGUCGAGAUUACCGUGAUUCGAAACGGCGUGGUGAUGACACGGGACGUUACUGUAUUGAAUUGACAAAUUUACCAUUCCGUGUUACCGAAAUCGAAAUACGAGAGUAUGUUUGUCGAAUUUUUAUAAAAUUUCAUGAUUUUCUCAUGAAUGCAAGUAGAUGAUC